AAUGAUAGUAAUUGUAAUGAUAAUGGUAAAAGAUAGAUUAUUGAUAAUACCAGUAAUAUCAGGAACAAUGAUAACAAGGAAACUGAAAUGUUAAAAAGAUAAUAAUAAUAAUAACAUUUCUAAUUGUAACACAACAAUAUCAGCAAUAAGAGAAACAAUGAUAUUUAUAACAGUUGUAAGAUCAGUAAUAAUAACAACAAGGAUGUUUAUAACCAAUAAUAUCAGUAAUAGUAAACAACAACAAUAACUAUAACACUAACAAUUUAAGCAAUAAUUGCAACAACAGUAUUAAUAAUAUCAGUAUUAAUAGCAACAACAAUAUUUAUGAUAGUAAUAAUAUCAGUGAUAAUAAUGACAAUGCUAUUUAUAACUGUAAUAAUAGCAGCAAUGAUAUUUACAAUAGUAACAAUACCAGUAAUAGCAAUUAUGAUGUUUAGAACAUGGAAAUCACUAACAAGAACGACCCUUAUUCCCAGGAUGGGCGAGACGGCAACCGACACGCAGCUCCACCUGAGAUGGCACUCGCACGCCACCACCUUCACCCGCAUGCUCUCGGAGCUCCACCACGGGAGAGCCUACACGGACGUCUCCCUCGUGUGCGACGGGGGCAUUGUCAGGGCCCACCGUGCCAUUCUCUCCCUGUGUUCGCCCUACUUAGCGGUGGUGUUAGGCGCUUGCCCGGACACCGAUGCGCCUCUGCUCCUGCCUGAGGUGCCCGUGCAAGACGUGCUCUACCUUGUGUCUUUCAUUUACCGCGGACAGGUUGAUGUCCAUCAGCAACACAUUGCCUCGUUCCUCAACACAGCAAAGCAGCUGCAUGUCUUAGGGCUUGAGGAAGGAGACAGACUUGUUGAUUCUCCAAGCAAAUCUGAGGGCAGUUCAAGCACGUCGGGAAGCGAGGCGGGAGACGAGCCCAAUACCACGUCCUUCAUCAACGGAAAUAAUAAUAACGAGAACGAGGACGAGGAAGCGGAGGCCGAGGACGAGGAAGAGGAGGACGAUGAGGAGAUGGGCGAGACCAUUGAUGUCAUAAAGCACGAACUGAGUGUCAAGGAGGAGCCCUGCGAAAAUAGUGACGUGACCGCAGACGUGACUCCCGAUGGAAGAAUUGACCUGAAUUUCUACCUUCAGCAAGCCAUUCAGAGUGCAUCCAUGCCCUGCCCUCUUUGUAAAAAGGAAUUCAAGAGCCAGUCCGGCUUAAGAGACCACAUCCGGUUGCACACAGGAGAAAGGCCUUUUGAGUGUGAAUUCUGCCAGAUGAACUUUGCCCGUGCAUCCCACCUCAAGCGACACAGACGCAUGCACACAGGGGAAAAGCCCUUCAUGUGUCGGAUCUGUGGAAAGGACUUCUCUCGAGGGGACAAGCUCAAGGACCACCUACGACGACACGAGGCAGAGGACAAGCUCAACAAAAUCAGAAAGCAGAUCUACCACCCUGAGGAUGGCACUGCUGAACCUGAGACAGAAGGCAGUGUGGCAACAGUUAAUGCCUCCCCGCAGGUUCUGACCCCAAAGUCAAACAACACGCCCCCAGACUCCGCGCCAAUGCCUCCUGCCAAGAGGCCACGUGGACGGCCUCCCAAAAAUCCUCAAGCACAUGCUCAGUACCAACAGGCAAUGGGUCAGGUCCCCUCCAUGCUUGUGCCCCAGAGUGAAAGCUACAUGCCACACAUGCUUGGCGUCACAAGUAUUGGGGAGUGUAUACUUCGACCCAUAAACUGAUGACUGUGUUCCUGGAAGUGUCAAAGGUCAUAGGGAUGGAGGAAUGGUCUCAUGAGACUGCGAAAACAGAGAUGAAAUGAUAUGGAAAAAGAACAGCAUACAUACAGCUUUGCUUCUAUACAGCUAGACUGGGUUGUGGAGGGACUUUUGCAAGGGAAGAGUUAAUGAUUACAAUUAUGGUCUGAAAUUUUUGGGUUAAUGCGAAAACUUACUUAAGGCAGAUACUCAAAAGAUAUGUAUAUUUUUGUGUUUAUAUUCACUUGUUAUUUUUUUAUUAAUUUAUAUUUUUCUAAAAAUGUGUACUUUCUUUUUGUUAAUAGUGGAAGUUACAGUUGUUUAUCAUUCUCAGAAUGAAGGUAAAGGAGAGAUUUUAUUGUUAGAUGGCACAGAUUAGCAUUGGUUAUUUUAGUAUUAUUAUACACAUAAAACUGUUUGGCUUUUGUAAGAUUCUCCUUUCACUUACUUAGUGCUGUAUUAUAGGAUUUAUUUUAUUUAACUUACAAAUGUUACCAAGCGAUGUAGAUAAGUUGCAAGACUGCUGUCUCACAAUUUAUUUUACACCAUAUUGUCAUAAAUACUUCAGCUUUUCACAUUGUCUCUUCAGAUUGGAUGGGGAAAUCAGUGCUAUGACUGGGCUCAGUUCUCUCAUGGUCUGAAUUAUGUUCCAGUCUUUAUUCCCAAAGAAAAGAGAGUUUAGAUGGAUUGAGAUGCAUUGUAGGAUUAUGUGCUGACCAUUUCCUUAACAUCUGUUCUAAUCUGUGUCAUAUCUUUUUGUAUUAUUAUUAUUGUGAACACUGUAACCCAGUCAAUUUUUUGUUCUUCCACAUCCUAUAUCCAGAGACUACUCGUCUUUCACAGCUCUUACCAUUUGAACCCGGGAAAUGUGACGUGUCAUUUGCUGAAGGAUUAUCAGAUGCACAUUUUGUGUUGUGACUAACACAGAUAUUACUUUUCUGAAACUUUCAUUUCUUGUCAUUCGUUGUGCACUGCAAGGUUUGCCAGAGUACUUCAUUGCGCAGUUCUUGGGUUAACUAAAACGUCAUAUGUUUCUUGUUGGUAGAGCUACCGAUAAGGUCUUGACUACAAUCAUGAAGUUGACUACAUGUUCUCAAAAGGCCCCAUUGUAUUGUGAAUUUAAAAGGGUAGCCUUAUUUUCAGUGAGUUCUAACCGUCGGAUAUCCAAGUCUGCUUUCUUUGUUAAUCAGACACGGAUAAUCUUGUCAGUUAUCUACGUUUUUUUUUUUUAUUUCUUUUAUCUAUGCAUAAUGUAUAACCAGUUUGAGUAAGAGCACACUCGUCCCAAGUUGGACACGCGAGAGUGCGGAAUGGAGAUGAAAACCUGACAAUGAGUAUUUAAGUUAAGUGGAAUCAUUUGAUGGCAUAUUUUAUUCAUAUUACUUCUGUUUUCAUCAUUUCUAUAGCAUGCAUUUCAUCUAACUGCUAAGAUCACAUCAUCACACAAAAAAAACAAAAAAUCAUUCAUCAUAAUUUCAGAAUUAACUUUGUAUGUAUUGAUAAAUAUCACAUGUACAGUAGGCUAAUUAUCAUAUAAGAAAGCAAUGCACUUGUAAUGGGAGAAAUCCUCUAUAUUUUUAUGAAGGAAAGAGAUGAGACCGUGUUGCCAAGUAGACUUAGCAUUGCCUCUAAGCUGUAAACGCUAAUGCCUUUUUUGUUAAGCCUUUCUGGCAGCAGCGGCAAUUGUGAGAGUUAUAUUCCCAGGCAGUGGAUUUGAGGGAAUUGUUGCACAGGAAAA